CUGUCUACCUACCUACCUUACCUUGCCUUACUUGCUAAAUCUGACCACCUAUUAAUACUAAUAGUUCUAUAUUUAUUUGACCUGGCCGAUUUAAAAAAAAAUUUAUUGUCCUGUCUCUAUUCUUGAAUCAUGCAAUAGAACGGUUAUACACCAGGAAUACCUUGAGUGCUCAUCGAAAAUCCAUGGCAAACUUUUAGUCUGAUUCACACGUUUGACGUGCAUAACUUCGCAGUUCCUGUCAAGCAGUCGAGACUUUAUCCAGCCUCUUUUUUCUCUCUAUUUUCUAUCCAAUUUUUUUUUUUAAGACAAAAAAUAAUAUUCAUUUGAAACCUGUCCAUAAGAAAACCUUCAAGGAUGCCUGAUGUCGAGCCUGGUCAGACGCCGCCUCAAUUGCCACCACAACCUCGACAGCGGCAGGCUGAAGUCAAGUCACGGACAAACUUCCUGCCCGCAGAAGUCUUUCAAGCACUGAGCUUUGGAGCUUUGACAGGAACUGCCGGUGCGCUUGGUGGAGCUAUCAUUGCCGUAUCACGUCACCGCCCAGCCUUGAUAUCUGCCGUACUAGGAGGAGCUUACUGGUUUACUGCAGGCUCUGUGUUCAAUGGUUCGAGAUCAGCGAUAACUGCAGCGUAUGGAACACGGGACCUGAGCGGGAAGGAGAAGAUUGUCAUCAGUGGUGCCGCUGGCGCAUUUGCUGGCACGGCGCAAGGAGCACUGGCCACGGGUAUACGCUCUAGUCCACCAGUAGCCUUAGCCUUGAUGGUUCUCGGUGCAGGUGGUCAGGCUGUUUCAAACAAAUGGGCUGCGCGAGAGCCGACACCAGCGUCAAAGCGAGACUGGUGGUUGUCUUCCAAAUGGAGUCCUCUCACUCCCCUAACUGACCAGGAGUAUGAGAACAUGCUCCAGGAAAAGAUACUAAAGCUAGAUGCAGAAAUCGCCAUGGUAGACGAUAAUAUUGCUGUCUUGCGAGAAAAGCAAAAGUCAACUGAAAACCCGAAAUAGGCAUACUUGGUAUCUGUACAACUAUAAUAUUACUGUAC